GUUUAAACCUUAAUUAAUACACAUACAUAAAAUAAACAAAUAUAUUAUAUAUAUAUAUAGAUAUUGUAUAGUGGGUUAGUUGUUCUUUCCAUGUCCCCCUGUACUGUUUCUCUUUUCAGACAAAUCUCAUCGUUCUGAUGUUUUAAAUUUUGUUUUCUCUAUCAAAAUCGUGACUUUGAAUGGCUUUUAAAAAAUAUAUAUAAUCUAAGUAAUAAUUAUUAUGUGAUUAUAACACUAAUACUUAUAUAUUGAGAAAAUCACCACCAGACUGACGUUGCCUAAUUUGGCUUCACAUUACUUAUCUUUUUCUGUGUGUCUUGGCUAUGCCGGCGAUCCCAAUUGAUUGGUUUUGAACAAGUAUCAAAACCUGUGUUUAAUUAUUAUAAUUAUGCCACUUAAUUAUGUUAUUAUUAAUUAACUAAUUACUUUUAAUUCUUUGGUUAUAUUAAGUAUUAUAAUAUCAUAAAACUCUCUUUAAAUAUGGCUUUCUCUUCUCUUCGAAACCCUCCCUCCUUCCCUCUCACACACCAUCUUUUUUCUCCUCCAAUGAAAGCUGGAACAUUUGAAAUGGUUCAUGGUGGGGUUUUGGAUAUGAUCCAACACCAGCACCAUGAAUAUUACUUAAACCCUUCUACUAAUUCUAGUUUGAUCCCAGUUCAAACCUCCAUGAUUAACCAAUUCCCCAAGCCUGUGAAUAACGAGCUCUCUGAUUGGGUCGAGCAAAUCACCAAACAGCUCAUCGACGACCCACCUGAGAUCACAGCCUGUAGUAGUCUCGAAACUUUUCAGGCGGCCACCACUACCUCGAGCGACGACAACUACUUCGUUCAAUCCGCGUCACUUUCCGGUGACUACUUUCGACCAAGAAAAAUCCCACGAAUAGAGCUAGCUAAUACUAAUACUAAUAGUAGUAGUAGUAAUAAUAAUAAUAAUAAUAAUGAUCUUGAUGAUCAAGAACAGAACUUGACCCAAAUGAUGACACUUCUGCUAGAAUGCGCGGUGGCAAUCUCCGUCGACAACCUCGGCGAGGCUCACCGGAUGAUUCUGGAGCUUACCCAGAUAACGUCUCCGUACGCACCGUCGUCGGCGGAGCGCGUGGUGGCUUACUUCUCCAAAGCCAUGGCUAGCCGAGUAGUGAACUCGUGGCUAGGGAUAGUGCUCUGCUCUCCUUAUCCCCUACCUCUGGUCAACCACAAGUCUCUCCACGACGCUUUCCAGGCCUUCAACAACGUCUCACCUUUCGUCAAGUUCGCUCACUUCACAUCCAACCAAGCCAUCCUCGAAUCCUUCCACCGCCGCGACCGCCUCCACGUGAUCGACCUCGACAUCAUGCAGGGUCUCCAAUGGCCGGCCUUGUUUCACAUCCUCGCCACACGUGCCGAGGGACCGCCGUCGCACGUGCGGAUCACCGGGGUCGGUUCCUCCCCGGAACUCCUGUCCCAAACUGGUCAGCACCUCUCCAGCUUCGCCAAACGACUCGGCAUCAACUCGUUCGAGUUUCACCCGGUAGUGAGGGACCCCAAGUCAGGACUGUUAAACGUCGGCGUUUCGACGUUUCGAGUCAGGAGAGGAGAGACCCUCGCCGUGCACUGGCUCCGGCAUUGCCUCUACGACUCGACCGGACCAGAGUGGAGAACGAUCAGACUCGUCGAGGAACUCAAGCCCAGAAUCUUCACGUUGGUGGAGCAAGACUUUGCGCAAUCAGGGUCGUUCUUGGAUCGAUUCGUGGGGUCGCUCCAUUACUACUCGACCAUGUUUGAUUCUCUGGGAGCUUAUUUGGGGGCUGAUGAUCCCAACCGGCACACGGUGGAGCACUGUUUGCUUCAUAGGGAGAUAAACAACAUGUUGGCGAUUGGUGGGCCUGGUCGGAGCGGGGAGGAGAAGCUGAGGGAUUGGAGGAGUGAGCUAGUGAGGAGGAGUAGUGGCGGCGGCGGUGGUUUGGAGCAGGUGGCAAUGAGUGGGAAUUGCAUGGCUCAGGCUCAGUUGAUAUUGAAUAUGUUCAGUGGUGGUAAUAGUGGCUAUGGAUAUAGUUUGGUUCAAGGAAAUGAUGGCACACUUAGGCUUGGUUGGAAAGAUACUUGUUUGUAUACUGCUUCUGCAUGGACUACUUCUUCUACUUACAACUAUUGAUUAAAGUUUUUAUAUAUAUCUAUAUAUAUAUUUAUAUAUGAGUUUAUAGAUUAUUUCCU